AUGUCUUCUUCCGACCCAAGGGAUGCCUUACGUCUGUCCAAAGUUCGAGAAGCAGCCGUUCAGCAAACAGCAUCGAUAGUAAUUUCCGAAGAAGAGCGGCUCACGAUUGGAUGGACACUCCUGUCUCCUAUUGAAUUUGACACCAAAUUAGCAGAUCGAUUCGAAGAGAAGAUUCUACUUCUGAGUUACGAUUAUUCCCUAGAAAAGGUUAAGAAGUCCACUCGAGUGGCGCUUGGAGACAUUGUUGGAGUCCAGAAAGACGCUCGCAUGAACUAUGGCAUGGUGAUAUCUUUCUUAGCUGCAGGGCAGGACACCCGAGUAACCAGCUACUCUUUACGGAAUCGAUACAACCCUCAAGAUGACAAAGUUGACUCUCCAUCGGAGGCGACACCAGGUGUCACUUCCAGUCUUUCCCAGAUUCUUUCAGGGACGCAUACGAGUAGCCCCGUGGUAUCUGUGGCGUUCAAGGCCCUGCCCGUUGACACCACCCAUAAACCACAACCUGACAUGGAGCCUCAAGGGACCGCAUCUUCCCCAAGAGAAAUGGUUGACAAGAUGGUUGAUGUCAUAAUAAAAUUGUGUGACGAGUUUGGAGCGGUUGAUGACGAGUUCGUUCGUGAGGAGGAUAUC